GGGUUGAUCUAGUUCCUUUUUAUUACGAUCAAUAAUCAUUCUGUUCCCAAAAUACAGACAUUCCUAUUCAGUUCCCCAUUCUUAAACCCUAAUUUUCCAAUUUCAGACUAUUUCCAGCAACAGCGAAACCCCAAUUCCUUUCUACUUCUCCCUCCCAUGGAGUUGUUAACCGUCACUUGCUAUUUACGAACUCUAAUUCAACAACCCCUUAUGGAUAAACCCUAAUUUCCUUGCUUUAUUGGAUGAGUUCUAAAGAAAAAUUGAUGUUAAGAAAAGGAUAAGUGUAAAUUGGAUUGGGAAUGCAAAAUUCAUCAGGUUCUCCGCGGUCACCUACAUACGCAUCUUUUUAUGCCCCAUCAUCUUCAUCAUCAUCACCUCCAUGGUCUCCAUUUCAGAUUACUUCUUCAAUUUCACAUUCGGUUACAAAUGUGGGUUCUGUACAGACACUGGAAAUGGAAGGAGCUUUACCUAAUGAGUUUACUCAUUUGGGAAGCACUAAUGAUCCACCUAUGAACCAGACAUGGCAGCAGAUUGAACAUUCUCAGAGAUGUAUUGAUAUGGAAGAUACUAUCAACCUUGGCCAAGAAAUAUUAGAAGCCGAGGAGGUGGAAUAUGAUGAAAACAUUCAAGAGCCUCCACCUACAAUAGAUGGGCAAGAAUAUGCUAAAAAAGACGUUGAUUCUACUGAAAGCAGUGGAAGGGAAGAUGGUAAUGUAUUCCUAAUAAAACUUGGGUCUGAACCAUAUAUUGGGUUGGAGUUUUGUUCAGAGGGUGAGGCAUACGAAUAUUAUAAAGCAUAUGCAAAAGAAAAUGGGUUUAGUAUUCGGAAGAGUCAUGUUGAACGUUCAAGGGUUGAUCACAGUUUGAUUUCUCGGAAAUAUGUGUGUGUAAAGCAAGGUGUUCGUUCUUUGAAAGAUAAGCGUUAUGAGGGCAAAGUUGUGCGACAUCGCCGGGUAACAAGGGUUGAUUGUCGAGCAGCUAUGAUUAUUAAAAGAAGAUCAGGGAAAUGGGUUGUUCACCGGUUUCAUAAAGAGCACAAUCAUGAUCGUGAUCCUUCUAAAGCUUGCGGCCAUAAAGAGCAGAAUCAUGAUCUUGAUCCUUCUAAAGCUUGCGGACAUAAAGAGCAGAAUCAUGAUCUUGAUCCUUCUAAAGAUUGCGAACUUCAACCACAUCGGAACAUGGCAAACUCAACAAAAUCAAUCCUUGAGGCUCUCUACAAAACCCAGUGCAUUGACAUGGAAGAUGGCAUGACUCUUGGUCAAAAAGUAUUGAAUCCUGAUGCGGCUGUUCCUGAUACAACUAUUCAAGCACCGCAGUCUAUUGCUGAUCUUCAAGAAGAUGUGAAUGAGGGUGGCAUCAGUGGAAGGGAAGCCAAUAAUGGGGAAGAAUCUCCUAGUGGAGAAAUUAAUGCUGGCGAAUCUAGUGGAAAGGAAGACAACAAGUCAUCUCUUUUCAAGCUUGGGUCUGAACCAUUUAUUGGUUUGCAAUUUGCUUCACAAGAUGAGGCAUACGAAUUUUAUAAUGCAUAUGCAAAGGAAAAGGGGUUCAGUAUUCGGAAGAGCCGCAUUGAACGGUCUAGGGUUGAUCAUAGCAUGAUAUCUCGCUUGUAUGUUUGUGCAAAUCAAGGUCUUCGUUCUACAAAAGACAAAAGAUAUGAAGGCAAGGUUGUGAGGCCACGUCAAGAAACCAGGUUAGAUUGUCGGGCAUGUAUGUUUAUUAAAAGGAGGUCUGGAAAAUGGGUUGUUGAUAAGUUUCUAGACGACCACAAUCAUGACCUUGUUGAUCCAGCCAAAGCUGAUAAACUCCGAUCACAUAAAAAAAUGACAAAUACUACGAAAUCAAUGGUCGAAGCUCUCUAUAAGUGUGGAAUUGGACCAGCGAAAAUCAUAGAUUUACUUACAGAGGUGGCAGAUGGAGCAAAAAGUAUCCUCGAAAGCAAUGAACAAGAAGAAUAUGAAAAUGAAAUGAAGAAAGAGAGAAAGAAUAAUAUCAGAGUUGAAUGUUACCGUCUCCUAGAAAGCUUUCAGGAACUGCAAGCAUCGGAUCCUGGUUUCUUCUAUGCAGUAGAAUUUGGUGAAAAUCGAUCUAUGAGGAGUAUAUUUUGGGCCGACAGCCAAGCACGGGAGGCAUACAAGAAAUUUGGGGAUGUUCUGGUAUUUGACAGCAUUUGUCGAACAAACAAAUAUUUGUAUCCAUUUGUUGCUUUCACGGGAGUGAAUCAUCAUAGGCAGCCUGUACUGUUUGGAUGCGGGUUUUUGGCAGAUGAGACUGUGGAAACCUUUACUUGGUUUCUUAAUACCUGGUUAAGGGCCAUGUCAAACCACCAACCUACAUCCAUGAUAACGAACCAAGAUAAAGCUGUAAAAGUUGCAGUAGAAAAGGUCUUUCCAGAAACAAGGCAUCGGUUUUGUAAGUGGUACAUUGAAAAAGAUGAAACGGAAAAUUUGGGCCAUAUUUUUAAUAUGCAUCCAGCGUUCCAGGCAGAGUACAAUAAGUGCAUCUAUAGCAGCCGAGCACCGAAAGAUUUUGAGUUAGGUUGGGAGGUCCUUCUUUUGAAGUACAACUUGAAAGAUAACAAGUGGUUGAAUCGGUUAUACAAUCAUCGUCACCAUUGGGUACCUCUCUAUCUGCAGGAUACAUUCUUUGGUGGCAUGACUACAACACACAAGUGUGAGGGCAUGAUAGCAUAUUUCAAUGGCUUUUUGAACGGGGGAACACCCUUCAGUGAGUUUCUUUCCCAGUAUCAGGGAGCGAUAAAGCAGCGUCAUGAGGAAGAAGUCAAUGAAGAUUUUCUUACGGUAUGCACAAGAGCAGUUUUGACAUCCAAAAAUCCCGUUGAAGAACAAGCUUCAAGAGUUUAUACGAGGAACAUGUUUGCAGCUUUUGAAAAUGAAUUUGUUGAAAGUUCUGGCUGCACCGCACGAAAGAUCGCCGAGGAGGAGUCCAUAUGCACGUAUUUGGUAGGCAAAUACAAGGAUAAGGAUGACCGAAUGAACAUUGUUACAUUUGCCCCUACCGAUAAAAGAGCAAGUUGCAGCUGCCAAAUGUUUGAGUUUGAAGGAAUGCUUUGCAGGCACGUGCUUAAGGUAUUUCAAGUGGUAAAUGUUUUUGAGAUCCCACCUAAUUACAUUUUAAAGCGGUGGACAAUGAGUUCUAGCUAUUAUGUCGGACCGUGGAGCAAUGAUGAAGUGGGAGCUGGUUCUCGUGACCAAUGUGGUAACAGCGUUUGGGACUUGAGAGCCGCAACCAGAAGUUUUAUUGAAAUUGGAGAAACCUCGGAAAAUCGAGUUAAUGUUGCUAUUAACAUCCUGCAAGAAGGAAUUAGAAAACUUGAUCUCAUCAGUGUUCCCGCGGUUGCUUCGAUACCACCACAUGACAAUUUGGGAAGCAACAGUGUUCAUCAGGGAGAAAAUACUGACGAACAAACUGACGGUAUAUGGAUGAUGGACCUUAAUAUCAGUGUACCGGAUCCUCCACGAGUCAAACAAAAAGGUCGUCCUAUAUCCUCUAGGAUGAAAUUGGGCAUUGAGCAGGUGCAGAAGAAGAAAAGAACAUGCGGUACAUGCAAAGAAACAGGGCACUAUACACGCACAUGUCCAAAGGGAGUUGUACAUCACCACACCCAGAAUCCCACAAUGUUGACGGAUCCUUUUGAUCACCCCCAGAGUUCCACCAUCUUUCAAGAUCACUCCCAGGCUCCUGUAAUGUUGCAGGGGCCUAUGGAUGAGUCCCAGAACUCCAUUAUGUUACAGGGACCUUAUGGACAAUCCCAGAUUUUUGCGAUGUUGUAGGCGUAUGUACAAGUCCUAGAGUUCACAUUUUUGAGAGAGAGCCAUUUCCUCCCCAUCCUCUAAUCUCUAGCAGGGUAUGAGAAGGAUCGCCAUCGAUUGCUUGCACAUCUAUUGUAUAUUAGCUUUCUCUUCCUUAUUUAUUCUCCCCAAUUUGCGGCUGUUCAUCCUAUUGUUUGAGUGUAUUGUCCUCAUUUUUUCUGGUCAUGGGAAGUAAUAGUCAUUGACCUUCUUCUGUAUUAUAUUGUUAAUAGUAUAUGUUAGUACAUCAAGGUUGAACAUUUCAACGUCUUCUGCAAGGUGUGAGUUCCUUGUCAA